AUGUCGAAGCCGGGCUUCAAGGACGUUGAUUUCGGCAACAAGGCGUCGCAGAGUCAGAUCAACACACCUUUCGACUCGCCUGAGAAAGUUUCGCAUCCAAGAACCAAAGAGCGGCCCAAGGAGCUUCAACUUCAAAAGGCUAAAGAAUGGCUGGAUGCCCAUGGAUCUCAAAGAAGUCCCAUGAGGGCUACUGGCUGGGGUGGACUAGAGGCCGCUCUGGCGGUCCCAGUCUCACCGGGCUCUCACAACACCAUCGAAAUCCCAGCAUUACGGUCUCCGGAUGCAGAUACGACACAGUUCAUGCACAAUCUCUCCGCUAGCCCGUCUAUGAAGGAGCGGAGGUUGUCACGGAACUCGUUUGGUGCCACUCUACCUAUUCCCAAGUCCAAACGCCAGUCCAGGCUGAGCAGUCUCGCCUACCAAGAAGGCAGAGAGACGUUAAAGGCGGAUAAGGGGGCAGGAGCGAUGCCGAGCUAUGCGACCCGCGAGAUCUUGGUUUCACAAAUCCAGGAUAUUAAGGCAGACAAGGUCAAGAAAGCCAAGAACAUGGCAUUCGUCUUUGACAUUGAUGGUGUCUUAGUCCACGGUGACCGCCUUAUCCCUGAGGCCAAGCGUGCUCUCUCAAUGCUAAAUGGUGACAAUGAACUUGGCAUUAAGAUCCCUCACAUAUUUCUCACAAACGGCUCUGGCAAGCUGGAGCUGGCACGCACACAACAGCUGUCUAAGAUUCUUCAAAACCCCAUCAGCACCGAUCAGUUCAUCCAGAGUCACACACCUAUGCGAGCACUUGCUGAGUAUUACAACACUGUCUUGGUCGUUGGCGGCGAAGGGAACCGCUGCCGCGAGGUAGCUGAGGAGUACGGCUUCAAGGAGAUCAUCGUGCCUAAUGACAUAGUCGUGUGGGACCCAACCAUCGCCCCUUACCGUACCGUCAGUGAGGAAGACAAAGCUAAGGCUCGGCCCCUUGACUUUUCCAAGAUCAACAUUGAGGCCAUCCUGGUCUUCUCGGACUCGCGCGACUACGCAACAGACAUGCAAAUCAUCGUUGACCUGUUGCGGUCCGAAAACGGCCGUCUGGGCACCAUGGCCAAGGACCCGGUCUCACAGCGCAUCCCCAUCUACUUCUCCCAGGGCGACCUUCUUUGCCCAACAGAGCAUCCCUACCCUCGUAUGAGCCAGGGCGCCUUCCGCAUCGGUCUGGAAGCCAUGUACAAGGCCCUGACCGGCGUCGAGUUGGAGCGUGUCGUGUACGGCAAGCCGGAGCUGGCCACGUACAAGUACGCUGACGAGGUCAUUGCCUCGUGGAUGGAUAUGCUGCAUGGCGAGGAGCGCGUGCCGGAUAACAUCUACAUGAUUGGUGAUAACCCGGCUUCGGACGUCAUUGGUGGCAACAUGUAUGGCUGGAAUACUUGCCUGGUGCGGACCGGUGUCUUCCAAGGAGGGGGGAACGACGAGGAUAAUCCGGCUAGCUUUGGCGUCUUUGCCAACGUGUGGGAAGCGGUCACCGCGGCUUGCCGGAAGGAGCUGGGUGAUGACUUUAUAUUCAAGUGGGAUGAGAAGCGGAUUAACCCUGUGCUGAGCAGCGAAGCUGCGUCAGCUAUCGAGGUGUAG